AUGGCCUCCCAGGUUGAGUCCAUCAAGCGCAUCCCAGGCCUGCCCCGCACCUUCCCGUCCACCAUCUUCUGCUCAGACAUCACGGCUGACCUGCUGAUCCACGACUACCGCCUCAAGGUGGCCGGCCCCGGCGCCUGCCAGCUCGUGCGGCUGCCCAUGUGCGAGCGGCUGGUGGUCGACGGCGUCGGCGUCACGGCGCUGCCGGCCAACCACUGCCCGGGCGCGGUCAUGCUGCUGUUUGAGGUGCCGCGGCGCGGCGCCGCGGCCGCAGGCGGCGGGGGCGGAGGGGUGCACGUCAUCCUGCACACGGGCGACUGCAGGUAG